ACAAAUCUCCGCCUAGCAUUUCUUCAUCCUCAAAUAUAUGCCGAGAUCCACCUAUUUACCAGUAGCGACUCACGACCCGACAACGGAAGCUAAGAACUAGCACGUCUUGCCAUAGCGAACCGACCAAUCCGCACCAUCGGAAAUAGCACUGGCCCACGCGAGCUUACAACAACACGAGCAUCUGAAGACACUGUCCCCACCACCACCACCACACUACCACAUGGACAACUGGACAUAUGUAUAAAACCAGCACUCUCAUCCCACCCCACCCAACCAACCCUCUCAGAUCCAAACCACAUCACAUCACACGCACUACCCAUACAAGACACCAUGCCCGAAAUCCUCCACGCCUCCAACACCCCCUACAUCCCCCUCUCAUUAACCCACCGCGGCCCCGGCCUCAGCUUCAAACACCUCUUCCUGGGCACCGAGCAAACCUCCGAAAACUACCUCUUCAGUCUCGCCCACCAAUCCACAUUCUACUCCCCCCGCCACAAGCACAACUUCGACCAGUUUCGAUUCGCGUACCGAAACUCCGUCUCCAUCUCCCCUGAUAUUCUCCUCCAAGAAGGCGAAUUGUGUUAUCAUCCCGAGGGGGUGGAGUAUGGGCCUCAGGAUGAUCCGGAGGGUGGGAGAGAGGUCUUGGUGUUGCAGUUUGGGGGGGCGAGUGGGCAGGGGUAUUUGUCUUUUGGGGAGAUAGAGAGAGCGCAGGGGAUUUUGAAGAGGAGGGGGGUGUUUGUGGGGGGGAGGUUUUUUGAGGGGGAUAGUGUGGAGGGAUUGGAGGGGGAGGGGAAGGGGAAGGGGAAGGAUGGGUAUGAGGCGCUUUGGGAGGAGAUGAUGGGGAGGGAGUUGGUGUAUCCGGUUCCCAGGUAUGGGGGGCCCGUGGUGGUGAAGCCGGAGGGGUUUGCGUGGGUGGGUGUUGCGGAAGGGGAGGGGACAGCGGCGUGGAGGAAGUGUUUGGGGGUUUUUUCGGAGAGGGAGACGAGGGUCGAGAUGGUGAAGUUGGAUGAGGGGGGGGAGGUGGUGGUCGAGGGGAGGGAUGCGAUUCAGUUGUUUUUUGUGUUGAAGGGGGAGGGGAGGGUUGAUGGGGAGGAGGUCAGACAGGAGUCUGCGGUCAGGUUGCAGCCGGGAGAUGGGGCCGAGUUUGCGUCGGAGAAGGGAAUGGAGUUUUUGAGGUUUGUGUUGCCCAUGUUGAGGUGAUGCAGUGUCUGGGAGGUUUGGAGUGAUGGUGAUGUCGGACGGAUAGAUUUGUUGACUGGGGUGGUCCUGACCCCGGGUAUUGCAUUUCUUCUCUGGUCAUUUUUAGGCUUUAGAUCUCAGUUU